UGCAUACUCUGACCAUUCAAAGGAAACGUCCAAAAACCCAAACACCAUCGUAGAUAAAUAUGACACACGAGAUACACAAACAGGCAUGUGCUUCUCCAGAAGCCCUCUGCACUGGCAGAACUUGUUUUGAGGCGAGUGACAUCACCACCUAACUGUAUUUGAAUCUCUCCGUCAGAAAGCAGAGAAGCCACUUCUCUCCAACUCUUGAGCAGAAAGAACAUAUUCCUGUCGAACACAUGGAGACUCGAGCGUUUGAAGAGAACCUGCUGUGUCCCGUCUGCCGUGACAUCUUCAGAGAUCCUGUUCUUCUUCUGUGUUCUCACAGCUUUUGUUUGGCCUGUCUGGAGCAGUACUGGGUUCACAGCAGCUCACAGAUGUGUCCCGUGUGCUGGACGGACUUCUGUAUGGAUCAUCCUCCCUGCAAUCGAGCUCUGAAGAACCUGUGCGAGGUGGUCUUACUGGAGAAAGAGAAGCAGGUGUCAGAAGAUGCUCAGGAGUUAUUCUGCAGUCUUCACGGAGAGAAACUGGAGCUCUUCUGUCUGGAGGACCGGCGUCUCGUGUGCGAGGUGUGUUUGAUGGAUGAUCUGUACAUCAGACACACGUGCAGACCUGUGGAGGAGACGGCAGAGACUCUCAAGGAGGAUCUCAGAGCAGACCUGAAGUCUCUGCAAGAGAAGUUCAAACUCUUUAAGUCACGGAAAUCCAUCUGCUAUCAAAAAGCAAAACACAUAAAGAGUCAAGCUGAGAAAACAGAAGCACAUAUCAAGGAUGAAUUCGAGCAACUGCGCCUGUUUUUAAGAGAUGAAGAGGCGAUGAGGAUAGGAGCUCUAAAGGAGGAGAAAGAGCAGAAGACGAAGAUGUUAGACGAUCAGAUAAUAAAGAUUAACAUUGACCUCAUGUCUCUCCUGGAAAGAAUACAAACCGUUGAAGAUGAGAUAAGGACUCAAAACAUCUCAUUCCUGCUGAACUACAGAGGUCCAUGUGAAAGUAUUCCGUCCUCAGAUCCGUGUCUCCAGAAGCUGUCAGAAGGAGUGAUCGAUGUGGCAAAGCAUCUGGGAAAUCUAAAGUUCAGAGUAUGGCAGAAGAUGGCAGAUGUCACUCAAUACACUCCUGUUAUCCUCGACCCUAACACCGCUCAUCCGUGUCUUCAUCUCUCUGGCAGUUUAACCGAUGUGAUGUUUGGUCAGUGGAGUCAGCAGACUCGUGGUUACCCUGAAACAUGUGACGGGUACACAAGUGUCCUGGGUUCUGAAGGCUUUUGCUCUGGGACGCAUUGCUGGGAUGUUGACGUUGGGGACAACACAACCUGGGCCUUAGGAAUGAUCUCGGAAUCUGCCACCUCGACCAGACACCGUUCACCCAGUUCCAGUUUAUGGCGCAUUGCUUAUCACGACGGUCAAUACGGUCAGGGAGAAUCAGGGGAGGUCCUGACGCCCCUCGCGGUCAAACAGAAGAUCCAGCAAAUCAGAGUCCAGCUGAACUGGGACGCCGGAGAAUUGACCUUCUUCAAUCUUCUCACCAACACUCACAUCUAUACAUUCAAGCACGUGUUCACCGAGAGAGUCUUUCCGUACUUUUGUAACGUGUGUCCAUCUCAAGCGCUCAGGAUCUUGCCAGUUUAAGAAUCUUGUCACAGGAACAAAAGUGUCUUUUUUUUAAUCACGUGUAGCCUGACAAAUGUGAUUCUAUACUGCUGAGUGCUGAAAAAUGAUGACACCUGGUCCAAGUCUUUCAUUUGCCCACUGUCGAUCCCUCCCACACCACACACAAUUCUUUGAAUAUUUUGUAUACUAUGUUUUUUUUUGUGUACAUUCUUUUAAGUUACCCCUUUAUUAGACAUUUGCAUGUGAAGAAAAUGUUUGUUUACCUGAGGUGUUGUGCAAGAAGCGUCAUGUUUUCCAUUUGUUUCAACACAUUCCUUACAAAUAGCUGGUUAACGCUGUGAACACAUUUACACCUUUAAUCUCUUCCUACAAUCAUUGUAUUCCUAAACUUAGGUAAAGUUUGUUCUUUUUCAUCUUUAAAUCCUUUACAUUAUUAUACACAAAUA